CCAUCUGGACCCAUCCAGCUGGUCUCGGUUCGGUUCGGCCUUUCCUCCAGAGGUGCAGCGGAACCUCCCCCCUCCCCCGCCGCUACGUAUGAGCCGUCACGGUGCAGACAGAGGUUGGAAACAUGGCGGCGGAUGGGAUGGUGCUCACCAACCACGACCAUCAGACCCGAGUGGGAAUCCUGACUGUCAGUGACAGCUGCUUCAAGAACCUGGCAGAAGACAGGAGUGGAGUGAACCUGAAGGACCUGGUCCACGACCCGUCACUGCUGGGAGGAGUCAUCGCAGCCUACAAAAUAGUUCCAGAUGAGAUCGAGGAAAUCAAGGAAACUCUUCUGGAGUGGUGUGAUGAGCAGGAGCUGAAUCUCAUUCUGACCACCGGAGGAACUGGUUUUGCACCACGAGAUGUUACACCAGAGGCGACCAGGGAGGUGAUCGAGCGAGAGGCCCCAGGGAUGGCUCUGGCCAUGCUGAUGGGAUCCCUGAACGUUACUCCUCUGGGAAUGCUCUCCAGGCCAGUUUGUGGUAUUCGUGGUAAAAACGCUGAUCAUCAACCUUCCAGGCAGCAAGAAAGGCUCCCAGGAGUGUUUCCAGUUCAUCCUCCCGGCUCUGCCUCAUGCCAUUGACCUGCUGCGCGAAGCCGCCGUUCGCGUUAAAUCCACGCACGCCGCCCUGGAGCCGAUGCCCUCCCUGCUGACCAAUACGCACGCCAAUACGCACACCAUGGAGCGCGGCACCCAGUGCGAGGAAGAGGACGAAGACGAAGAGGACAGGAGGAGAGGACGGCACAACCACCACCAGCACCACCAGCACGGCUCGUCCCACAUCACUGUGGCCGCCAUCGCCGCAAAGACGAGUCAUGUGGCGGUCAUGGCUAAGGGCACCCCCUACCUACCUGGAAACAGACCUGCCCCUCCCUCUCAUUUCACCUGUUCCCGUCAGGUGAGCUGCAGCCAUCUUCCUCCUCCUCUUCCCUCCUGACCCGUUACGGUUUCACUACUCACCUUCAGUCGUCAGGGAAACGCUGAACCUGAUUGGUUGAUGAGAACACACCUGCCUGAUCACCUGAAUCAAAGCAGCAGGACGAUUCUCCCACAAUGCACUUCUCUGUUUGGGUUCCUGAGUUACAAGGCUGCAACAAACUGCUGAUAAAUGAACCUGCUGAUCUCCAUCAGUUAUUCAAGGCAGCUAUGAGAGAUUUGAUGUUAGAAACCAAAUUUAAUGCAAAAUUCUAAAAUG